AUGUCAGCUGGUCUGGGGCGAAGGUUCCGAUUGGUCAAAAUCCGGAAAUCAAAGUACGAAGCAGGGCGGCAUAAGUCUGCUGUGUUACAAACGCUCUUUGCCUCCGGCGGUGAGUACAGUCAAACUUUAGUCCUUUCGUGGAGUAAAAUACUGAUAAUUACCACUCAACAGCAAGUUUGUGUGUCAUAAGCAGCAAUUUUGUGGAAUGCUGCGUCAUUCCUUUGUGCUAGUGAUGACAAAAUGGAAGAGGUUUGUCAACACCUUUACCUCAAAUACACAGUGAGAUACAGAGAGUGUUCACUCUGGAUCAAGUUAAAAAUUAAACUUUAUUAUGUAUACUACUUGGCAUAACCAUUGGCUAAGAGAAAUACAGCCGUAAACAGAAAAAUAUAUAUAUAUAUUAUUAGUGUGAAUUGUGUGACUCGAAACCAUAGACUGUAUAUACUAUAUAUUCCAUAUACAGUCUAAGCUCGAAACACACAAAGCAGAAAAAAACUAAUUUUCAUUCACGGAGCUACAAUGUUGAUGCUUAAUUUAAGUUUAUUAGUUUCUCCCUCGUUAAUCAUGUUUUUUUAGUUUUGAUAAUCUAAUAAAUCAUGGAGUUCUACUGUUAAAUGACACUUCCCUAGGUAUACAGAUGUAUAGAGGAUAUUGGUGUAUGAGUGUGUAAAGGGCAUCAUCAGCUUUACAUCUAAGCCCUGAACCCACCAUGCUCCAAGAGCCUGUCAUCUGAAAUACCAAGACUCAUUCGCUAACUUGUAAAAAAGUAUCCUGCCACAGUCAGUGUAACAAUGUACAUGUCUCCAUACAGCUGUCAACAUGGAGCCACCUCUGUGCCCCCGUGAGUCUGGGCAGUUCAUAGCAGAGCGGAGUCAGGAUGUGUUUGUGAAAGAGGAGGGAGUGCAGAAGGUGGCAGAGAUGUUGUACAGCCUCCGAAACAGUGACGAGCUGACAGCCAGUGGCUGGAAGAAGGCAAAUCCAUUGGCUCCAGCCCCCAACUCUGACCAGGUAAGUCCGCCAACAGCGGUCAUUGAAUAAAGAGACAAAAUUCUCAAAACUUGAAAUUAAAAAUGCUGAACUUUUAGCUUAAAUUCAUUACAUCAGACACCAGUAGGUAAUGCUGGCUGUGCUGAUAACUACUGAAAAGAUCAUGACAUACAUCAUAUGAUAUGAUGAAGACCAUUCCUACUAGUUUUGUUUUGUGAUUGGCCAAAUGUUUUCAGUGUGUGUCAUUCCUUGACUUCAGGCAGAGCAGUUUAACAGCAGGACUCUUCCAGUCUCUAAUCAUGCACUUAUGAUACAUGUGGAAAAUGUGUUUUGGCAUUGUCUGGUUGAAAUAUGCAAAGUCUUUGCUGAAAAAGUAUAGUCUGGAUGACAACAUAUGUUGGUCCAAAAAUCUGUAAUGCUUAUUAAUGAUGCCUUUCCAGAUGUGUAAGCUCUUCAUACCAUCACAGAUGCCGCCUUUUUGACUGAUAACAAGCUGGGUGGUCCCCCCUCCUAUUUAGAGGGCAUAAAGUAGUAUCCAUGAUUCAUAAUAAUAAAAAAGUUUUGUUGUUGUCCCUCAAAUAUAAAUUGAGAAUAUAUUUUCAUUAAAAAUGUAAUAUUUCUUCCUCAGUUUUAGCAUUUUAUACUUUGCCUUUGCAUUAUAUUCAAUUACAUAUGGAGUAAAAAAAUAAUCUGUUAAGCAAUGAGCAUAAAAUGUGUUUAUAUCAAUAAUUUAGAUUGUAACUUUUUGUGAAAUUAAGGUUUUAAAAACUUGUCCUUUUAUGAUAACACUUAAAAAGGAUCGAUUCUUCAUUCAAAGUAAUUACUUUAUUGUUUAAAUAUUAAUGCAUUUCACAAAUCAGUUCUAUCAAUACUAUGCUCAAAUCAAUUGAAAUUUAGAACUUCAAUUUGUAGGGAAAGUACUGUGCUUAACACAGAUUGCUUCUUCUUUAGUUUGAAUAAAACAAAAGGUAGGAAAGGGUACUGGGUAGGACUUUUACUUGUACAUGAGGAAAACAGUAACUUGAUAGUUUUGUGUUUCUCAUUGUGCAGGCCUUGAACUGGGUGUUUGUGGUGGACACUAUGAACUUUUCUUUUUGGCCAGAAAAAGAAACUGAACAGUGUGAAGUGACCUUUAAAGGGACCACGUACACAGGCUACAUGACCCUGUGUGCUGCUAUCACCAGAGCCAUGGAAGAAGGUAAGAGCACAUGUAGAAUUAAAGGAGUGUUAAAACAGCAAUUUAAACUUUAUCCGCCGUUUUAUUUUAUUUUGCAAGAAUUUAGCUUGGACAGAACUGAGCCCCAUACCGCACAUUUGAGCUCUUUGCGAGAUUCAUUAAAUUAAUACCAAAAACCAAACUAGAUUCUGAUGUAGACAUAUGGGAGAAAAAUGUCAGAAAUGUGAAGAAAAGGUAAGGUCAAGCUUUUAUAGAGUCUCCUGACAUCUUUGCAAUAUUCCUGAGUAAUUAUACACUUUUGUUUAGUGGCUUUACCCUUGGAGAAAAAGACGUGCAUACAAGCCCUAUUACGACUUUUUUUGUGUGUGCUUUUGUUGUGCAUUGCUAUUACCAAUUAUUGUGUAUGUGCCCUUUACUUGAACUUGGACUGCUGGGAAAUUGCUUGUAGCGCUGCAUGCCCCUUUGAAUCACUCAUAAUUAGCGUGAAUGACUCCGGAUAUGAAUCAAUUAUGUCUCAUAUGGAAUAGUGCUCUCAAUGUGUGGUCGCUGUGGCCUUUAUAAAUUACAAGAGAUUCUCUGAGAAAAGCACAGGUAGAAUCUUGAAGGGUGACAGCGUGAGAUCAGAACAAAUUAUGUCUCUGGAGCCUCUUGUUAGAGACUGUGGAGUUAUAUUCAAGCUUUUAUAGCACAGGAAAACUUGGUGGCCUUGAAUGUUUUAUUUCCUUUUAGCUCCAAAAUUUCUCAUGAAAGUAUAAGUUCUUAUAGCUGUCUUUUUCAGAAGAAAAUACUGUGGACUUUUGCUCCUGUAACUUUCCUGAUGAUAAUUUGUAAAAAAAAGAAAAGAAAACAUAUGUCAAGCUUAUUGUAAGACAGUGUAGUAUUUGACUACAUUACCAAGAUACUACAAUGCUCCAACAUGUAUUUGCCUGUGAUGAAGCUUGUUCCAGAUACAUAUCAAUAUUAAGAAAUAUUUUAAUUUCUCUGGUAUUUCUUCUUCUACUAAUGUGAACACUUCUUUCGAUACUGGCUACAGGUAUUCCCAUCACUGAUCCAAAGUACUUCUCGCAGAUCAGUGUGGAAGAGUUGGGACAUGUCCUGCGCUCAGAUAAUAAAACAGCCAUGCCCAUGCUUCAGGAGCGACACCAGGUACUCACAUCCUACAGUACAUUGAAAGAGUCCAUGUGAACAGUACUUGUUAAUAGAACACAUCAGUAGUGUAAGUCACCACUAACAGGUACACAGCCAUUGACAAUCUUCGAAAUCCAAUGGUUUCAAUAGAUCAUACCGCUUACAAGAAGCGCAAAAAAAAAAAAAUAUGUUUCCCAUACAAACACUUAUAGUACAUGUGAAGAGGACACGUGAUGGAUCAUCUCAUCGGUCUAAUUUAUACCCUUUGAAAAAAGAUAGUUCACUGGAUUAAAAAUCAGUGUAUUACUACAUCCCUACAUACUACAGAAAUGUGUCAGCUUUUACAGUUGUGUCAUAUUGAAUUGAAUUGAAUUUCCCUUCUGGGAUUAAUAAAGUUUUUCUUAUCUUACUUUCUUACUGCAGCAGUGCACAUGUGUUUUUAUCUGUUUUUGUUGUGUAGAGUAAGAAAUUAUAUUUAAACUCGUUAAAGGAAUGCAUAAAACUCAAGCCGUAUCGUACAAUUAGCUUUUCUCAGUCAACUGUUUGAUCUGUUUUUCACUGCUUUUCAUUUUAACUCAUACAAAUCGAUUUUGAGGACCACAGUUGUAUUUCUGGAUGUACAGAAUUCUGUUUUGAAAACAUUUCUUUCAAAGAAAAUAAUAAAAGUUCCAUUCUACCUGGCAAGGUGCUGACUGAGGGGGGACGAGUUCUCCUGGAAAACGGUGGAAGCUUCAGCAGUUUUAUCAGCAAAGCUGGGAACGAUGCCCGGAAGAUGGUGGCGCUUAUUGUUGAAAAGAUCCCAUCCUAUAGGGACGAAGCUACAUAUGAGGUUAGAGUGAGAGGAGUCAGAGAAAACUGUGCAAUAUUUCAUGUCUGUUACUUUGUUUUUGUUUUAUUAUUUUAAUUUAUUGGCUGUUCACAAGAGAAAUCUUCCCCCAAACUUUACUUAAAUUAGAUUUUAUACAGCUUUAUUUAUCCUUUUUGGGAAUUCCCUCAAGGAAAUCAAAAACCAAAACUCAAGCCUUGAUUUCCUUAAAAUGUUUGUCAAAAAACUAAAACCAACUAGAGAAGCGCUCAUCUCGGUCACAAACAACAUGUGGUAAGACUUGAACAUUUUAUCAACUCAAACUUGCUUUGACUGAAGAGGUGUCUUCUCAUAAACUUGUAAAAUUAACAACAAAAAAGAAUCCACUGGGAGCUUUUGGUCAAGUCAUAGUUCGCUCUCUGUUUUAUCUAGUAUUAUUCAAUAAAGAUGUUCCACAGUUUCUGAGUAAAGUAAUCUUUUACUCUCAUAAAAAUAAGGAAAAUAGGAAAUGUUUAAAAUCAUAUAGAAAGUGUGUGUGACCUGGCAUUAAAGUGCAUUUGUUGAACUUGAGAUGAAUUGUGAUGUGAGAGUUCCAUCUCCUGGACAGACUCAGAGAAGCAGCAUAUUAAUGUGUUCUUCACAUAAGAUAGCUAUGGUCAGAGGAAGUUAUACUCUGUACUUAUUCUUUGUGACCUUAAAUUAUUUUCCUCUGUGAAUGUCUGUCAAGUGUAGAACCAUAAUUAACAACAAAUUAAGAAGCCAGUUAAACUCUACAUUCAGUGAGAGCUCUGCAUUUGUUUCAGGGGAAGAGAAUCUCGCUCUACAAGCGAGCUCAGAUCCUGGUGGCAGAUUUCUGGGGCAUCAUGGCAGCCAGAGAAGAAGAGGACAUCAUCAACAUGGACUGGCUCACCAUGUUUGCAGACUACAGGGUUCCUCAGGCUCUUGUCUACCUUGGAGUGCUGCAAUACUCUGACACACUGAUGCAGGCAUUAAUGAACGGUGAGACAGGCGUGUGUGUUCUGGACCAAUUUUGAUUUGUUAAUUAUCUUUGCUAUUUCUAUGUUAUGUGCCUCUCCAUUGUCUCUUUCAGGUGAACUGCUGAGUUCAGGAGACAGGAGGGAAGUUGAGAUUCGGGGUUGUUCAAUCUGGUCUGUGGAGCUGAUCAAAGAACGUCUGUGCAAGCUGGUACAGGAGAGAGACAAACAGGCCUGCGGCAUCAACUCAGCUAUCAUUGACUUCUACCUGUGGCCCUACGCCAAGCAGCACCACAAAGAGAUGGCCCACAUUCCUAUACACCACACACGCUGUAUUUACUACUGAGGAGAUGGCUGGCACUGUUGCAUGCAGAAGGCAGCUCUCCACUGUGUGCUGGCUUGGCACAAGUGCCUCUCCUUGGGAUAAAGCCAGUUCUGUCCCUUAGCCAGACUGAUGUUAACUUUGGCUGCUCAUCAGCUAAAACUGCAACAAGUGUCAAACUUAAAGGGAUAUUCCGGCGUAAAAUUAAUUUAGGGUCAAACACACCGCAACAAUGAGUUAGACACCCCCUCGAGAGAUGAAUGUUGCCGACUGCAUGCCUCUCUAGUUAUACCAACUGUAGUAACGACCGAAGGAUAGCAAUACACAGCGGUCUGAGGAGCCAUAAACAAACCUCAACCAAAACACCUAACUUCAUCAACAGUACAUAUAGGGUCACAGCCAUAGCACUAGCCACCAAAAAUCAUUUUAGCUUUGCCAAAUUUCUUUAUCAAAGAGACUAAACGCAACUCACCUGCUCUCUUCCAGCAGCCGCUUGUAGCAAGACCUCAGGCCAGUCCAUUACGGACUGCAGGGGAGUUUCGCAGCUCAAGAAAGAACAUUUAUGAUCAUUUAUGAUUUGGUUGAGCUUGUGGCUCUCUGUAUUGCUAUCUGCGGUCGUUACUAAAGUUGGUAUAACUAGAGAAGCAAGCGGUCAGCAACAUUCAUCUCUCAAGGGAGUGUCUAACUCGGUUUUGCGGGGUGUUUGACCCUAAAUUAAUUUUUACGCUGGAAUAUCCCUUUAAAUGUGGCUUUGUGCUCUUUAGGCCAACUUAAUUGUUAACUGGUUAUGUGGAGCAUUUAAGGCAAAGUUCUCAUGCUGAUAAAGAAAGGCACAAACGAUCAUAUACUGAAUUCAAAAAACAAUGAUGGAUGCCUAUCUGCUGCAAUUCCAAAAUGUGAACUGAGUCUUAUAAGCAGCAAAAAUGAUAUAAAAAUAAAUAAAUAAAUUGCCCAGAUCCAUUGGAGGCAACUCCAUCAGGGAGUCUGCAAAUUCCUCAAGAACACACAAUACAUCACAUUAAGUCACAUUUGAACACGAAUAAUGUGCUUUGAGUUUUGAUGAUUGGGUAACUUCGCAGUGCAAAUGGUGAGAAAUAGUCAUGCCAAAGACGGCACGGAUCUGAACUUCUUUAUCUUGAAGCUUUCUCAAAUUAAAAUCUCAAACAAUUUUUUUCUGUACCUCAAA